AUGCUGUUCCUGGCAAGGAGGGAAGGUUUUGGGCAUUGGUUGAGGCCGCCCGUAGCGGGGCUCAGCCUGCAAGAGUGCGGGGGACGAGGGGAAUCUCGGAAGAGUGGCUUCGAUACCCGCCAGUCUGGAAUCGAUCUCCUCCCCAAGACUCCAAGACUUCAAGAACCACGACAGCAGGGCUCUUUCAUCCCAUCAUGGCAUGGCCCACCAGGCCCUCCCCACGACACGAGGCUGAACUGUGCGCUGUACUCGGCGCAUGUAUGAUAUAGGGGCCGUCUGUCACCAGUUCAUUGCCUCAUUUCUGGGCGAGGAUGAGGGAGGAGCAUGAAGUCACGGAAUUGAUAUCGGGUUUGGGAACUGCUCGCGUGAUGCAGCGUAUGGCCAUGAUUAUGGCGGCGGAUGAGUGA